GCCAUGAGUGACAAUUUUGACAACGAUUUUUAUAACCUAGAUUUUCAUGUUUUGGCUGCGAUUUAAGUAAGAAAAAGUUUAGUUUACGUUUUCAUAAAAAUGACUUUAUUCAAGUUAAAAUCUGCCCCUACAUUAUUAAUAGAAGACGAUAACAAUAAAAAUAUAUUGCCACUAUUGCUUGAUGUAGUACAACAAGAAAAAAGUGCCCUGAAAAUUUUCUGCUUUGAACAACCAGUUUCUUUAUGGAGGAAAGUUCUUCAAAAUCAUUCCAGUGUUACUUUUCAUAAAGAAUUAUGUUGCGACCAAUAUAAUAAUAUAAUCAAUACAAAAAGUGUUAUAGUUAUAGAUUCAAUAAACCAAAUGUGUCUUCAUUUAGGGUGGAAUGAAUGUCUGAAAUGUUUGAAAAGACUUUGCAGUGAUGCCAAAGUACAUAAACUUGUAAUGGUUCUACAUUUGGACUGUCUACCCUUUCCCAAAUUGCAAUUACACCUAAAUCAUAUAGCUAAUGCCAUAGUUUCUUAUGAUUUACAUGAAAAUAACAAAAUUAGGUUAAAAUUGAAAAAAGGAGGGAAAAUGGUGCGAAGUGAAGAAAUUUUGAGCUAUGACAGUAAAUUAGGUCUUCUGAGGUGCACCCCUGUAGUGAAGGAGACUAGUAAAGAUGAUGAACCUGUUAAGCCAUUGCCAGCAAACCUGUCAACAUUUAAAAUUGAGGUAGACCAAACAGAAAAGUUGGAGAAGUACAAACUAAAGUUACCAUAUAUGAGCAAGAUCAAUGAAGGAGAGAGCAAGGUGUUCUACGAGCCUGAUGCUGUUGAUGACUGGGAUGAGGAGGAUCCUGAUGAAGAUCUUGAUAUAUAACUUACUUCUAGUUCAAAACUGUAUCAUGCUUCUGCUUUUAACCAUGUCUGUGGGAGAUAACUUAAGUUUUCUACCUUUGUUGGGAUUCCAUCUCCAUCUUUGAAGGUGCCCAGACAAGAAUGCUGAGGAAAGAAAAGUCCUCGAAAUAAUAUCUUUAAUGAAUGUAUAAAAUGUAAAUAUGUAUUUACUUUUGAAAUUAAAACUUCUUGCAUAA